CCCAUGCUUCCGCCGCGCGAACAGACUCCAUGGCCGACCGAUCCAUCAAGCGUGGUGCAAGCCAUGCGGGCUCCUGGUAUAGCAGCGACAAAUCCAAACUCAGCACGCAGCUCGACGGUUGGCUGGGGGCGGUGCCGACACCAGUUCAUUGCAUCGGACCCAACACGCAAGGCCAGACCGCGGAGCAGCUACCAGUACCUAGUGCUAGGGUAAUUAUUGCACCACACGCUGGCUAUUCGUAUUCUGGACCAGCAGCGGCCUGGGCGUACCGAUCGUGGGAUGUCUCUAGAGCGAAACGCAUAUUCCUGCUUGGACCAUCCCACCACUUCUAUCUCUCCAAAGCGACUCUGUCAAGAUGUACCCACUACGAAACCCCUCUUGGAGACCUCACUGUAGAUCGAGAAACGACUGCAGAACUCUACGCGACUGGCCAGUUUGAGUGGAUGUCUCAGUCGGUCGAUGAAGACGAACACAGCCUGGAAAUGCACCUGCCAUAUAUCUUCAAGGUGCUGGAAAGCACGUUCGGCAGCGGAGGCAAGCAUCCAUCGCUCGUCCCAAUCAUGGUAGGCAACACCUCUGCACACGCCGAGCGAACAAUUGGUCGCGUCCUUGCGCCCUAUCUGGCCGAUCCAUCGAACGCAUUCGUCGUUUCCUCCGACUUUGCUCACUGGGGGUUGCGCUUCCGAUACACGUACUACCGCCCUUCACUCUCGUCCCAGCAAGCACUCAAUCUCAAAGCCUCUGCCAAGGACCCGAGAGAUCCGCCGAUACACGAAUCGAUCAGGGCCGUGGAUUUCGAAUGCAUAGGUGCUUGCGAGACUGGCAACCACGAGGCAUGGUUGAACUGCUUAGAAGCCAAUGGGAAUACGGUAUGCGGGAGGCACCCAAUCGGGGUCAUGAUGGCAGCCGUGGAGGAGGUGAAGAAGACACGCGGUGCCGACGACCAAUCGAAAACGGGGCGAUUUCAGUUUGUGCGGUAUGAGCGGAGCAGUGAAGUGAAGAAGGUCGGCGAUAGCAGCGUGAGCUAUGCGAGUGCUUUCGCGGUGAUAUGAGAGACAUGAGGCUGAUGGGCACCUCGCCAUGGGUAAUGUAACCCCGUUCCCGCCUCCUGCAUUGCGUUUGAUCUUCGACACCAAGUAAGACACUCGUCAGCGGACUCAUUACAACCUCACUUCAC